GGCGUCGCCGGGGCCGCGCCGUCCGCCGCGGCUGUGGCCGCCGCGCCCAUGGCCCAGCGGGCAUCCCGGGGCCAGGGGCAGGACGAGGAGGAGGGAGCCGAGGAGGAGGCGGUGAGGGGCGGCCAGGCGCGGGCCAGGAGCCAUGCGGAGCCCGCGGCGAGCGGCGGCAGGAGCCAGGAGCGGCAUGAGAGGAAGCGGAAGAGGCAGGAGGCGCAGCAGCUGCAGAAGAUCCAGCACCUGGAGUCUUUCUAUGAGAAACCUCCCCCUGGGCUAAUUAAGGAGAAUGAAACAAAGCCAGAAGACUGCAUACCUGAUGUACCAGGCAAUGAAAGUGCACGAGAAUUCCUGGCACAUGCCCCAACAAAAGGGCUUUGGAUGCCUUUGGGAAAAGAAGUCAAAGUUAUGCAGUGUUGGAGAUGUAAACGUUAUGGACACAGAACAGGAGAUAAGGAAUGCCCAUUCUUUAUUAAAGGCAAUCAGAAAUUGGAACAAUUUAGAGUAGCACAUGAAGAUCCAAUGUAUGAUAUAAUAAGGGAAAAUAAGCGUCAUGAAAAAGAAAAGAGGAUACAGCAACUGAAGCAGCUCCUGGAGGACUCUACCUCAGAAUCUGAUAGCAGUGAUGACAGUGAUGAGGAUGAUGAAGAUGGCAGCAGCUCCACUUCCUCAGAACAUAAGCACAAGAAGAAAAAGAGAAAAAAGGAAAAGAAAAAGAAAGAAAAGAAGAAGAAGAAAAAGAGGAAGCGUAAAUUAUCCAAAUCAAAUGACAAGUCAGAGUCUGAUUGACAGCAGUCACCUGCUGCAUGCUCAUUGACCUCUCUACUUGUGAACUGCAAGGAAAGAUCCAAAGAAUGAGGAGGAAAACACCAGAAAGGGCUUUAUUAAACUUGGAACAUACAUGUGUAUGCAUACAGCUUCCUACACUGGCAUCCACUUCUGCCCCUCUGCAGCCAGAAAGAAGAAAGCUGCAUUAAACCAUAUCUUUGUGCUGUAAAACCCAUGCCAAGAUUCAUCCAGCUUGGUCAGAUGGGGCCUCUGCAUUGCUGCCUGUGACCAGCAGCAGAAAGCGGCAACCACCAAGGGAUCACCGACAAACCUGUAGCAGACUGCCUGUUGGAGUGUCUUUACUCCAUAAAGUUAUUUUAUUAUAUACAAAGCCUCAUUGUAACAGGACUGCAGAUUGCACCCUGCAGAGCACUGAGGAUUCCCUUACAGUGCUUGUACUGUAUUUUCUUCUGCGCAUACUUGCUGAAGUUCUGUGUACUUAUCCUAAUAUUGGCAGCUAGGGAAAUAAAGAGUUCUGCUGCAGGGGAAAAAAGGUAAUCAAGGGGAUUUACUUUGAGACAAAAUUGCAGCAUCAACAAGACUUGAAUUUUUUUUUUUUUUGGUGUGUGUGUGUAAUAAAAUCUCAAUAUCGCCAUCAUUAAUGCACAGUCCUGAAACACCUAAAGUGAAACAUCUACAGUGUCUAAACCAUAGAAGUGGGAGCCAAGUGUAAUGAUGUUAAAUAUUCAACUUAACUGUAAAGAGGUAGUAGGUUUAGUUAUUUUAAAAGGGGGGGUUCCUUGUAAGAAAUUAUAAAGAUGAUUUUUUUCAUAUUCUGAAGUAUCAGUUGUUUUGAUACAAGUUGAGGGAGAUUUCCUUUUUAAAAGGUUUGGGGGUAAUAAAUUCCCACUUUCUUUGUUUUCUAGAUUUGAUGACAUAACUUUUUUUGAAUCAUCUCAUUAGAAUAUAAUGUGUAAGGCUCUCAAAAUAGUUUUCAACUAUAUGCUUGAAAUUGUUCUUAGGAGACCUUGCAUACUGACCACACUUUUCUUUUAAAUAAUCUUGCAGACUCAACCAGGAAGAUGGAGAUAGUUAUAAACAGCAUUACAGUAACCAACUCUCUUUGAAACCUCAAGGUACAUAUUAGUACAGGGCUGUGAAUUGAACUAGAUGAUGGAUAGGGGUACUGUGCAAAAGGAAAGCGAAAACUAGAUUUGCUUUGAAUGAACUUCCAUAAAAUUUAGGCUCUGUGGGUAUGCUAAGAUUGAAAAAAAAAACAAAACAUAUGAUACAGCUCUAAUACAGUAGAGUGGACAUUACAGCAAAAUCAAGGAACCAUAGACUACAAUGCAGCUAAGAUAUUUUUUUAUUUUCUUCAAAGCUUUGGAAGAGAUGACAAGGGAAUGUCUAAAUUAAAAUGUUUUUUCUCCCUC